GCGAGCGCGCGCCUUUUGCGGGUCUCUUUGGGCCGAGCGAGGCCUGCUGGCAGAAGGCUGCUGGUGUCGCUGCCACCCACCCGGGAGGAAUCGGAGGAGGCUUGGCUGCGGCUGCUGCGGCCUCUGCGGGGCCAAGGCUUUGUAAUCCUUUCAGCUAAAGAGCAGCCAUGUCCUACAUUUUCGUCAACGAUUCCUCACAGACAAACGUGCCUCUGCUACAAGCCUGCAUUGAUGGAGAUUUUAACUAUUCGAAGAGGCUGCUAGAGAGUGGCUUUGACCCAAAUAUCCGUGACAGUCGGGGCCGGACGGGUCUCCACCUGGCCGCAGCCAGAGGCAACGUCGACAUCUGUCAACUACUGCACAAAUUUGGUGCUGAUCUUCUGGCUACCGAUUACCAGGGUAACACAGCUCUUCACCUCUGUGGGCACGUGGAUACCAUUCAGUUCCUCGUCUCCAAUGGACUCAAAAUAGACAUCUGCAAUCACCAAGGUGCGACUCCGCUGGUCCUGGCAAAGCGAAGAGGGGUCAAUAAGGAUGUGAUCCGAUUGCUGGAGUCCUUGGAGGAGCAGGAGGUGAAAGGAUUCAACCGAGGAACGCACUCAAAGCUGGAAACCAUGCAGACAGCCGAAAGUGAGAGUGCGAUGGAAAGCCACUCGCUGCUCAACCCAAACCUGCAGCAGGGCGAAGGAGUUCUGUCCAGCUUCCGAACAACAUGGCAGGAGUUUGUGGAGGACCUCGGCUUCUGGCGGGUGCUGCUCCUCAUUGUUGUGAUCGCCUUGCUGUCCCUGGGGAUUGCCUACUACGUUAGCGGAGUGCUUCCUUUUGUAGAGAACCAACCCGAACUGGUGCAUUAGUGGGGUUUGCCAACAAACAGCAUCUUCACUGUUAUUCUUAGCAUCUUGUUUGUUUGUGUUUUUCUCCAGUGCAAGCAGUGGCUGCUGUAUGUACCGCUGACAUUUACAUCUCUGUGUUUAGAAACCCUUUUGGAAGAUGGUAUGUUAAUUUUGACAGCACGGCACCAAAUUUUGAGUCAUUCCUAAGCCCCCUAAGCCAGUCUCUGCCAAUAUAAUGGUGUAGAGGGCUGCAAAUAACUGUAUCUGGAUUCAGCACUGAGCCAUCCAGUAUUUUUCACCUUAAAUUUCUCUUAAAAUGUCACCAGUCUUUGUUUUCAGUGCAAGAAAACUGCAUAAUCUUUAUCCAAGAUGAUUUGACAACAUUAACAAAUCUUGUGAAAUGAAUGUGCUUUAAUGUUUGCCAAAGGAAACAUCUGUUAUCAUUUGUCUUUUAAAUUCAGGGUAUUUUUUUUUGUUUUUUUUUAUUAGGGAAGCAUUUCUUACCAGUUGACAAAAAGCAGUCUAACAAUCUGGAUUUCAGGGUGGGAGGGAGCAGUGCUCUGCAAAGGACAUCUGGGGAACGAGUUGGUCAUUCAGGUAUUCAGUAUGAGCUGGGAAAGAAGGCUUUAUCCUAACCAAUUUCCAUUAAAAGGCAUAAUGAUGAAAAGGUUCAGAUAACACUUAAAAGCCACAUAAUAAGAAUGCAUCAAAGAGGUUGGAUCCUGUAGCAGUUUCCUCCUGGUACUGGAGAAAAGCACUGCCCCGGCCAAAAUAGAAAUUCAAGAUCCACCUCAGUGUCGUAACAAGUUCAUAUGUGAAAUCGCAGAGGGAAGAAACUGAAAUCUUCCACAGAGCUGCUGCUGUUAAAGUCUCUUUAACCAUCCCAGCAUUGCCAUCUUCCAAUCCCACAUCAUCCAUCAUGGAGCCAGGAGUGGCUUCAGGCCUCCUUAACUGCCUCUGGGUCUACAGCAGCUAUUAAAUGCCUCGGUGGCUGGGCCCAGAGCAGCUCUUUAUCGCUCCUCCAGGACAGAGGAGGUAAGUCCAUAGUCUAGGAGGGAAGGCCGUUGUCUAUGUUAGGUUUUAGUUUCAGAUUUCCCUCCAAAUCUGGGGGAUCCCUAAGUUUGCAGACACAUCUAUUUACUGUAUGAGGCUAAUCCAUGGAUUUAGAGGUCCACAGGUUGGCUUUUAAAUAUAUUAGAUAUAUAGAGGAUACCUGUUGGGUAGCUUACCUUGGACAUUUUCAGUGCACAUGAGGAUCAAUCAAACAAAGGUUUUCUCCUGCAUAGAAUUCUGUGCAUUUUGUGGGUGCACAAGCAGUGCCCUCCCCCCCCCCCCCAAAAAAAAUGUGUGUCCUGGCAAUCAUUGUGGCUUUUACAACUGCAGCUUGGGUGAACCAAAUAGCUAGACAUUUUUUGAACCAUGAAAAUUGAAUCUGAUAACUGGUGAAAGUACCCUAGUCUAGUGAUGUGUUCUUCUUUGUUUUUUUCUGAUAACUGUCUGGAAAAUAUUGGGGGUGGGGGUAUUCUGUAGGCUUCUGUUUUAAACAUUUUUGGCUCUGUGUGAAAAGGUUGGUUUUUCAGCCAACUGCUUUUGAAACAAUUAGCUGGUUCCCCAUGCAUUCUCUGAAAAUGGAAGUUAAGUAUGUUCAGGUACCUGUUGGUUUCGAGCAAAAAUCCUACCUGGGCUUAAAUUCUCCACCAUAGUUUGCUGGAGUUAAAAGUGGCUUGGAUCAUUUCCAGAUAGCUACUGGAUCCCAUAGAGGAUUUCCGUGGGUCGGAUUUCACUCUUUAACCAUCCCAGCAUUGCCGUCUUCCAAUCCCACGUCUUGAUUUGAGAGUAGAAAUUGGGCAGCAGGGAAGUCCCUCUAUUGGAAACAGCCUGCCCCUGAUACAAGAAAUAUUGGUCAUUUUAUCUAUUUGGCAGUAUCCAGUUGCCUGCCACUAGAUGGAAAUCCCUUCCAUCCAUGGAAAUCUCUGGUGAAUCUAAGCUAAUGUGCACAAUAUCAGCGCCCCCAAAACAGGUUGCUGGUUAACUUCUUAGAACAGGUAAUGUGUGUUACAAACACACUUUAAAAAUUUGGGAAUAAUACGCUAAUUAAAUUAAUGUAUUCCCUGGUAGGCAGUGAAUCCUUUCUUUAAGCAAAUAUGUAUUUUGUACCUUCCAUUUUGUGCUGCUGUUUAUAACUUUGAAUUACAUUCUUAGCAUGCAUAGAUGCGUCUAAUAAAUCUGUAUCAACUA